AUGAAGGCCUAUCGCUGGAACGGUCCCGAUAGUGGCCUCCAGCUUCAAGAUAUUGCAGUCCCACAACCUUCCACCGGCGAGGUGCUAAUCCAAGUCGAAGCUUGCGGAUUAUGCCAUUCAGACUGCCAUAUCAUCAGUGGACCAGGAGGAGCGUGGAUCCAACAACGACCUAUUACCCUCGGUCACGAGGUUGCCGGGAAAGUUAUCACACUGGGAGAAGACGUAUCAGAGGUCCAGAUAGGCGACAGAGUAGCGGUGGCCUUGAUCGCGCCAACCGGUGGGAUUGGUCUCAACUACGAUGGUGGUUAUGCUGAAUACGUCGUUGCUCCUGUCAAAUACCUCGAAUCUAUCCCGGAGAACGUUAGCUUUGAGCAAGCCGCUGUCGCAACAGAUGCGAUUACUACGGCUUACCACGCGGUUGUGACGGAGGGUGGAGUCACUGCCUCAACGAAUGUCGCUAUCGUUGGUCUGGGCGGUCUAGGAUCAGUUGGCCUGAGAAUUGCGGUACUUCAAGGAGCAAUGGUGUAUGGAUUCGAUAUUGACAACAGAAAAUUCGAUGCGGCAACGCGAGAUGGUGCGAAGGCCUGUUUCUCCCGUCUCGAGGAUGCCAAGGACAUUGUUUUUGACGUUGUCGUGGAUUUUGUUGGGAUUACCUCGACGAUGGCUGCGGCUCUCAAAGCCGUCAAGCGGUCUGGACGGAUCGUUCUUACCGGUUUAGGAGGCGAGCAGUUGACCCUACCCACGUUUGAUAUUGUUUAUAAUAGCGUUGAAAUCAGGGGAUCGUUGGGUGGGACUAAGGAGGAGCUGCGUACUGUGCUGGCAUUGAUUAGUGCUGGAAAGCUAAAUCCGACUUUGGAAGAGGUACCUUUUGGCAAGAUUAAUGAAAGUCUAUGUCGUUUAGAAUCGGGACAGGCAAGCGGGAGACUAUUUAGUAAACCAACUUUAGCGUAG